UCCGUUCUUCUCCAGUCUUGAACACUGUGUUCACUGUUCAGUGGCCAAAAUACCCUCUCCAUUCUCCAAAUAAAAAGCUAAGCUAAAGCAAAAAUUCCCUCUCCAAACUUUCUCCGCUGCUCCAAAAGCUUCCUCUUCCUUCUACAUCUCCGCCGGAAGAUCUCCCAUUUACUCCCCUUCUCCUCCCUUUCCCUUCUCCCAAACGCAAUGCCUAUCAAUAGCGAAUCCACGCCGCCUCCGCUGAUCGGAAAAAUUGGGCCCUACACCGUCUUCAUGACCCCGCCCUCCACCCCUUCGCCGGUCUCUCAGCCUCAGCCGGUGUUCGAGUCCCCGAAGAAGGUUGUUCUGCCGCCGCCUCAGCAGUUCGAUAAGUCUGCUGCUGUGUCUGAUGGGAAUGCGUCCGUCGCCGGAUUCUUCAGAAAUGCAGUCUCCAAAGUGCAGAAUGCACAUUCAAGCUUGGAUGACCAUUUGGCACGCUGGUUCGGGUUGAAUCAAUCCAAGUACCAGUGGGCACUAGAUGAUUAUUAUGAGAACAAGGGAUUGGAAAAUGGGGACACAAAACCAAAGGAACCGCCGAGCAAAGUGCAGAACGUGUAACAGAAUCAAAACUAUUAUAUGUUUGUAGGAACUCCCCCAUCUUUGGACAGUAGAGAAACUAUUUAUACCUAUCUAUGCAAUGGCUGAAGUGGAUCUGAUUGUUUAUAAAAUGCUGCUGAAGUGGCCAGCCAUCUUGGAAUCUAGUCGAUGCGAUUCCGUCUACCUUAUACAAAAAAUCGACAGAAUUCGGUCGUGCUGUAGUUUUUAAGCAAUGUAAUGUUAUUUAUUGUCAUCGUCUUCUUCUUUUUCCCUCUCUUGAUCUCUUUUUGGUUCUUUUGAAGCUAAACUGUUGGCUUAUGUAUUCUGAGCUACCUUUUUAUUUUUGGAUUUGUGUCAUUAUAAUGAAGGCAAUGUUUGGGUACAUCCAUCUAAAUCA